ACCCCGAUUCGACCUUCUCCCAAUGCACUCCAUCGAGCACCUCAAACGAACCUGGGAUGCCUUCUGGCGGCAGCCCAACCUGUCCGCGGGCCUCCUCAGGGAGCGAGCAAAGUCGGGUCAAAUCACACCGCUGGCUCUGAGAAGCCUUUACUGGAAGAUUUUCUUGGAAUAUCUCCCGAACCUGAACCCUUUGGCCUGGCCCGUCGUCCUCCAGAAGGAGCGCCGGAGCUACGAGGACUUGAAGAGCCAGUUCUACUUUGACCCGAACAAGGAAUCGGGCGACAUUGCCAACAACAACCCGCUCAGCGACCAAGACGACUCGCCCUGGGCCCGUUAUUUCCAGGACGCCGAGCUGCAGAAAGUCAUCAAACAAGAUGUCGAGCGAACCUUCCCCGACCAGCCCUUCUUCAAAGAGCCUGAGGUUACCGCUAUGAUGUGCAACAUCCUGUUCGUCUGGAGCAAAAUGAAUCCGGACGUCUCGUAUCGACAGGGCAUGCACGAAAUCCUGGCCCCGGUGCUCCUCGUUGUGCACCACGACAAGGUCGAGCCCGAGGCCCUGAAAUCCGGCCUGGAGCCCAUCAUACACACCGUGUUCGACUCCAAAUAUGUCGAACAUGAUGCUGCAGUCAUUUUCUUCCGCAUCAUGAAGUCGGCGCGGUCAUGGUACGAAGUUGGCACGGAUGCUCAGCAGGUUGGGCCCAAGAUGGGCAAGUACAUCAACGAGCCCAAGGUUCUGCCUAUUGUGGCAUAUGCAAAGAAAAUCCAGAGCGAUGAUCUGCGCAUUCUCGACUACGAUCUGUUCUCGCACCUGGAAAAGCUCAAGAUUGAGCCCCAGCUCUAUGCAAUGCGCUGGGUCCGCCUGCUCUUCGGCCGAGAAGUCACCUUUGCAGAGCUGCUCCUUCUUUGGGACAGCAUCUUUGCCGAGGAUCCGGGCCUUGGACUCGUUGAAUGGAUCUGCGUCUCUUUCCUGGUGACCUUCCGGAACGACCUGAUUGCCUCGGACUACUCGGCUGCCCUCUUCCGCCUGAUGAGGCUUCCCUCGCUGGAAUCACAAAACAUCACCGUCCCCAGCCUGAUCUCGACAGCUCUUACGCUCCGUGCGCGAUACCUCCAAAAGGCAGCUGUCUUCUCAUCUCCCGCAAACGUCCCGCCCUCACGAUCUUCGGGACUGUUGCCCGGAAAGCCCAUCGACCCACCCGCGCGCCCAUCAUCCCGCAACCGUGUCUCGCAGCGAUGGGGCCCAAGCAACGGCUCCGCCUUUACGGACCCACUUCGCGCCUCGGAUCCGCUCCUCGGCGAGAGCUCCACCCGGGGCUCGAGCCCAGCUCGGGCUGUCUCCGAGAUUGCGGAUCCACUUGCGGUGAAUUCCACAGUGGCUGGCGUCCCCGGCUCGACUCUCAAGCGCGGCUCGUUUACCUCGACGUCGACUCCAAACAUCACAUCUGUUGCAUCGAGCCCCGUGCGCUCUGCCCGCAAUUCGUUCAGCAACGAGCCCCUCUCGGCCCGGGUUCGCAUCAGCGAGUUGGAAACCAAGCUCCAGGACUAUGAGCAGAAGCAGGACGAUAUCCUCAAAGCUCUGCUCAGGAUCCAGGCACUUGUGGGCAGUGAGCAGAUCGAGCCCUCGGCGCGACUGGAGCGGAUCCAGGGCGAAGUGGCGACGCUCAUGUCGCAGUUUUCGGUUGUGUCGGUCGCCAGUCUUGGCCUCGAAAUUGCCAAGGCCGAUAGCGAUGCUGCCCCAGCGCAACCUGGCUCCAAGGUCCCCCUGGACGAUGCCAAGACCCUCCAGUCGGCUGCCAAGAUCGCCCAGCAGGAUGUCGAAGCUGUACCGCCUCCAAGUCAAGACGCCAAGACUCCCCAAGGCCCUGUUGCGGCAGUGUCCCCGGCACAGCUUGACGAACCGACAGCGCUCGAUUCCGCCAGCCAACCCGAAAGCAACGCCCUCCUGGCAGAUGCAAAUGCGGGUGUGCCUGCACCUCCACAGAGCGCCUCUGUCCCGGCGGACGGACAGGAAACAAAUGAUGCUGCCAAGGCAACCGUGCCCACUGUCGCAAGAAUUGCUCAAGCAGGCGCACCACAGGCAGAUCCUCUGGCUGUAUCUCGAACGAAUAGCCGGGGAUCGCUGUCGCAGCUUCUCGAUCCUUUGGUUGUGGAGCGCCCCGCGACUCCCCAUUCCCUCGAGUCCGCCCAGACAAUCCAGGCUGCUACCAAGACCCCAACUCCCGCCCCGACCGCAAGCCCCUCGCUCUGGGAGCCCAAGAAGCUCAAGGGCAAAGGCUUGUUCGACAAGCCGUUCACGGGCGAUCCGCUGUCAGCGCUGCUCAACGGAAACGAUCAAUCACUCUUCACUACGAAGCGCAGCGAGUCCCUCCGAGGCCGAUCCAGCCUGUUUGGCGAGUCGUCUGAGGACUUUGACUUUAACGCCUCCAUCGAGAGUCUCAACCGACACAGAGCACCAAACACAGGCCCUGGUCUGGCCAACGAGCUUCGCUUGAGCAUCGAUCGCCUUGGUGGCGAAGAGCCUGCGCAUCCCUCAAGCUCCGAGAUUCCGCUGCCGGUGCAGGAGUCGCCCUUUGCGGACGCAGUCAUGGUGGCGCCCUUGGCCGGCUUCGAGCCGACGCCGAUCAAGCUGCCGGUGGCACCCGCUCGCAGCAAUGCGAUCGUUGUGAAUGCGGCUCAUACCAACGGCGAUGGCGCUGCGGUCUUCCAGGUCGAAAGCGAAGACGACGAGAACCAAGACAAGGACGAAGGCGAGAGCGGGGACGCAGAGCAGUCGACUCUUCCCCAGGGCAGCUUUGAAGUUGCGGCCGAGGGCUUUGGGGCCGAUGCGGUGGGCUCGGGCAAGCCCAUCAUAGGUUUCGAGGAGAUUGACGAUCCGUGGGCCAAGCCAUGGUAGGAGGCUAUUGCUCAGAAGAACCAGCGGCGACGGACGUGUACGGUGGGUCUCGGUGCAAGGCAACUCUCCUGCGCUUGCAGCGGACUGUGCGCUCUUUUGGAUGGAAUACACAAUGGCCAUCCGUCCUGCGGAAGCAGUCCAGUGAUGUAUAUGCUCGAUUGGGAUGGGUCAGUAUCUCGGUGUUUUCUGAAUAUAGUGCUCUCGGUCGAACUUGCAGCC